AUCAGGAAAACGAUCACAUUUGACAGCCUUUUAUUUUGACAAUCUUGUCCUGAAGAUUUUUUCGCUUUUCUUGGAAAUUUUUUCUUUCUUUCCCCCUGAAAUACUCAACAGAAAAUCCUGAAUCAUAUAUUAUUUGGUGCUCUAUUUGAUUGGCAAUGAGAUUGUGUAGGAGAGACUCUGAGUAGGGUACGGAAAUUGGUAGUUUAAGUGAAGUCCCUGCAAGAGUCCAUUGUUCUCUCCGUGUUUACGUGGAAUAGCCCAAAGUCUCAGGAGAAAAUGAAGCGCAAAUACGGGAAUGGAAAGGUGGUCAAUGCAGCUAUUCUGUUAAGCGACAGGACUAAUUUUGAUUUGGAGUCUACUGUGAGACAGAAACUACAGACAGCUCCUCAAUUUAUUAAACGAUUGGAGCUGGAGACAGAACUUAAGGGCCACAAUGGAUGCGUCAAUUGUCUUGAAUGGAGUGAUAAUGGAAAACUCCUAGCAUCAGCUUCUGAUGACUUUCAUGUGAUGAUCUGGGAUGGCUUCUCACACAAGAGAGUGGCUGAUGUGGUUACUCCACAUCAGGGUAAUAUUUUCUCUGUGAAGUUCAUGCCCAAAAGUGGCAAUUCUACUGUUGUCACGGGAGCAGCUGAUGGGAAGAUCUAUGUGUUUGAUCUCAAUCGAUCAGACAGUCCUACUUGGUCGUGCCGCUGCCACAGCAGGAGGGUCAAAAGAUUGGCCACAGCACCUGAGACCCCAUUUGUCUUCUGGUCAGCUGCUGAAGAUGGAGAUGUUCUGGAAUUUGAUCUGCGAGAACCGCACAAAUGCAUGUCUAAUGAGUGCAAAGUCUCCCUGGUCUGCUUGAAAAAUUUCAUCUCAUCUUCGAAUCUAGUCUCAAAUGUCGUGGCAAGUCCAGCUCAGGCCAAGUGUAUUGCUGUAAAUCCACGCCGGCCGGAAUUGAUUGCAGUGGGAGCUAAUGAUUGCUAUGCUCGCAUGUACGAUCGGCGCAUGAUGAAGUUGAGUACGUUGUGGACGGCAAAUGAGGAGAGGAUCAAUAGUACCUCUGACAGAGAUACCGUUCCGAAGAACUGUGUCACAUAUUUCUGUCCAGGUCAUUUGAGGAAGCAAUACGAUAAACGCUACAAAGCCAUCACUUACUUGACGUUUAGCCCGGAUGGAAAGGAAUUAUUGGUCAAUAUGGGGGCUGAACAAAUUUAUUUGUAUGACAUUAAUAAUGCUAAAGAGCCUGUGUUUCUGGAUCUGCCGCCGUUGCAUGAUAGAGAAAUUGUCAAUAGUGAAGCCAUUAGACGGAAGUUGCCUGAGGAUGUGGAGGCAGAUCAAAAGUUGGGAACGGAUUUUCUCGAAAAUGAGAAGUACAUUGAGGCCAUUUACCAGUACACCAAGGCCAUCCAGAAGGCACCAAAGUGUGCAUUUCUCUAUCUCAACAGAGCCAUUGCUUUGGUACGUCGCAAUUGGUGUGGAGAUACUUAUGCUGGACUCAGGGAUUGUCAUACAGCUCUCUGGCUCGAUCCUACAUACCUAAAGGCACAUUUUCGCCUAGCCAGGGCCCUUCUGGCACUGAAUUAUGUCUCUGAAGCGGCUCAGUGUUUGGCCGAGCUGAAGCUUCGGUUUCCAGAAUAUGCUAAAAGCUACGGAGUUCAAAUGCUGGAGCAAGAUAUUGAGCGGGCUGUUAAACAUCCCAACACAGCAUCAACUCAAGAUAGUCCAGAUAUUUUCGACUUGUCCGAGAAUGAAAUUUUUUGGCGGACUUCGGCAAAGGACUACAAGGAUCGCUUUAUGGGUCACUGCAAUACAACGACAGACAUCAAAGAGGCAAACUUUUUUGGGAAUGAUUCCAAUCAUAUAAUUGCUGGAUCUGACGAUGGGAAUUUUUUCAUCUGGGAACGAUCAACUAAUUCCAUCUCUGAGGUUUUCAGUGGCGAUACAAAUAUCGUCAACUGUGUUCAGCCACAUCCAUCAAUUUGCCUCCUGGCCACAAGUGGCAUUGACCACAGUAUCAAGCUUUGGAGUCCACAGCCUGAGGAGAAUUUUGAGUCGAAGCAUCGGGUGGAGUACACGGAGAAGGCGAUGAAAAGGAAUCAGAUGCGAAUGUAUGAGGAUCCGUUCGAUUUUAAUGACAUCAAUCCACCACUCUGUGCACCCAGCUAAUCACACUAACAGCCUCUUAUGCGUAUGUAUAUUACCUUUUUCGCAAAAAGAAACAUUUAAAUAAAAAAAGAACAAAAAUUGUAAUUUAUUAACAUGCUACCGCGCUAGAGAUGUUUUAUGCUAUAGAAAGAAAAUUGUAGUAAUUGGGGAUAUUCAAUUGAAUCACUUUUUACAUAAUCAUUUUAUUCAUCAUGAAUUAUUGUAAUCGAGAGUAGAGAGAUGAAUCUAUAUUAAUAAUAGUGUAAAAAAAAAAGAUUUUGGGUUAAAAAAAGCGUUCAAAGCUUCUUGUUUGAUGGCGGGCCUUUAAACAACAAUAAUGCCCAUAUUCACGUUACUGUGUAAUUAAAUAUUUUAUUUUCUUUUGUGGAAAAUACACAAAA